AAUAAAGAUAUGAUUUCAUCGCUUGAGAGUAAGGAUAGGAUUUUAUCACCUGAUAAGGAUGCAAUUUCAUUGUUUGCAAAGGUUUCAAUGUCCAACAAUUCGAAUUUAGAUUCAAACUGA